GGGCCUGGGCGCGGUUGGCGAGCCGGGUCGUCGCUAUGGCAAUGUGGAGCUGCCACCUGUCCCUCCAAGGGAUUCGGUCCACCUGAGGCCUGAGGCGGCGACGGCCGGGAGGAGCCCGAGGCCUCGAGGGCUCCGCGCUGUCCUAUCGGCUGCCUGCGGGCGAGAAGGGCGCUUCAGGAACCGGGAAGGACAGGAGAGUUAGGUUGUGAGGGAAGCCGUUCCCGCGGGUUCCACUGCCCGCACUGGGGCUGCGGACCUUCUCCUUGGGGUUCAGAGCCCGGGGCUUCCUCCUGCUCCUAACCGCCCGGGAGAGCUUUUCUGUGCGCAGCCCCCCCACCCCCGGCACUGCCUACGAUCUUCGAGCCAUCCCUCUGAAGGAAGCAAUUGCAGGCCACGGCUUAAGUUUCUGGCAGUGUCUGAGAGAAGGGAAGAGUCUCUCUCGUACUUUUGGAGGACAAGAAAUCUUUCGAAGAUCCUGGGGCGGCAGUGAAGUCGGGCAGAAUUCUGAGUUUGGAAGGCAAGGUCAAGGAGACAAUGCAGAAUGCCUUUUGGGACCAUCUCAAAGAGCAGUUGUCAGCUACUCCCCCAGACUUCAGUUGUGCUCUUGAACUUCUGAAAGAAAUUAAAGAGAUCCUGUUGUCACUGCUGUUACCGCGCCAGAGCCGUCUGCGAGGAGAGAUCGAAGAAGCACUGGACACAGAGCUCCUCAAGCGGAAAGCAGAACACGGGGCCUUGAAUGUCUCUCUUCUCUCUAAGUACAUUCUCGACAUGAUGACUCUGCUGUGUGCACCUGUUCGAGACGAAGCAGUGCAGAAUCUGGAGAACAUCACCGACCCUGUUCGGUUACUGAGAGGGAUCUUCCAGGUUCUGGGCCUGAUGAAAAUGGACAUGGUGAACUACACUAUCCAGAGCCUUCAACCCCACCUGCAGGAACAUUCCAUCCAGCAUGAACGGGCGACAUUCCAGGAACUCCUCAAUAAGCAGCCAAGCCUCCUUGACCACACCACCAAGUGGCUGACCCAAGCGGCUGUAGACCUCACCAUGCCACUUCCGAUUUGCCUGGACAUUUCUGACUCCACCACCAUGGCCUGCUCCUCUCCAAACGAGACAGUCAGCAGCCCAGAGCCCCUCAGCCCCACCAUGGUGCUGUCCCAGGGUUUCCUGAACCUCCUUCUCUGGGACCCUGAGAAUGAAGAGUUCCCUGAGACGCUGCUGAUGGACAGGACCCGUCUUCGGGAGCUGGAGUCCCAGUUGCACCGGCUGACCCUCCUGGCUUCGGUCUUGCUGGUGGCCAGUAGUUUCUCUGGCAGUGUUCUCUUUGGCUCACCUCAGUUUGUGGAUAAGCUGAAACGUAUGACCAAAGACCUGAUAGAGGAGUUUGACUCCAGGCCUGAAGAGGCUAUGCAGACUGUGAGUGAACAGGUGUCUCAGGAAAUCCAUCAAAGCCUCAAGAACAUGGGGCUUGCUGCUCUGAGCAGUGACAACACAGCUUCGCUGAUUGGACAGCUCCAGAACAUUGCCAAGAAGGAGGACUGUGUCCGCAGCGUUAUUGAUCAGCGGAUCCAUUUGUUUCUCAAAUGCUGCUUGGUCCUUGGUGUGCAGCGGUCCCUGUUAGACCUCCCCGGAGGCCUUACUGUCAUUGAAGCAGAACUGGCAGAACUAGGCCAAAAGUUUGUCAGCCUAACGCAUCACAAUCAGAAGGUGUUUGGCCCCUACUACACGGAGAUCCUAAAAACCCUCAUCCCUCCAGCCCAGGCCCUGGAAAAUGAGGUGGAGUCUCUGUGACUGCACGGACUCCAAGCCCCAGCCCCUCGGACCCAGGCGAGAGCUCGGCAUGCUCCUGGGGUGACCUCACCAGCGACCGUCAGAGCAGGAAGCCCUCCUCCCCUCCCGAGGGCAGUCCACCAGGGCUGAAGUGAGCAGCAUGUCAGCAGCAACUGGCUCAAACUCAUUCACCAAUAAACUUAUGGACUGCAA